AUGGCCGAUACUGAGAGCAGGAAAAGAUUCAUACAGCUGCUGCGUCAGGGGGUGCAGCACAAGGUCCAGCAGCAGCAACAGGGUAAAAUGAUCUCGUCCGAUUCCAAAGACUUUGACGCUGAGACGAGUGAUUUAACGCCACACAGCGUCGACAGAAGUGACAAAGCGGCUGUGUGGCAGACACUCGCGUGGCGUGACGCGUUUUCAAUGGCGCCGUAUUUUCAAGAGAUCGUUGGUGGUAAACCGCUUCGUAUCAAGCAAGUGCUGCAAGGAGAGCUCAACGGCUUUGGCACUGGCCUUACCGUGUGGCCUGCCGCUUGUGUGCUCUUGAAGCAUCUAGAACACCGGGUGGCGAGCGGUUCACGAGCGUUGGUGGAUACGGACAACCCGUUCGUGCUGGAGCUUGGAAGUGGCACUGGUGCUGUGGGCAUCGCAGCGGCAAUGCUUCUUCAAGCUGGGAGAGUGGUGCUCACGGACAUGGACAAUGUCCGCUUCAUCAUGGAGGAAAACGUUUCCUUAGCUCGGCAAGAUGGUGUGGUCGGCAAAUCCGUUGUUGUUGAUGUUGAAGGAUACGAGUGGGGGCAACCUCCGUCUCAAAGCCUCAUCUCGUCCGCAGCAGAACGCUAUCCAGAUCUCAUCCUUGUGUCGGACUGCAUCCUGCCACGCCUUUACCCGAUUGAACCACUUGUUGAGGCCUUGAAAUUUCUCAGUAGACCACACACCCGCAUCCUCAUUUCGUACGAACAUCGACACUACCUGCACUUCCAGCCCAAGCAGAAAUUCUGGAAGCUCAUGAAGGCAAGCGGAUUUAUGCUAAGGGUCAUCACCACUGCCGAAUAUCAUCCAUUUUACGUCGCCCCGGAUAUCGAGGUGUGGGAGAUCACUUCACCCACACACAUGCAUGAAGCCAUUUAA